AAAGGAAAAGCUCUAUCUUACUGUAACUGUUUCCAAGAAAUUGACAUGAUUCUGCACAUUAAAGAAGGUUUAUGGCAACUGCAUGUAAUGUAACUAUAAUUAAGUGUGUUAAAUUCUUUGUCAUUUAUUUUUAUUAACAGAUCCUCCUGAAUUCUCCGGAGUCAGUAGUGAUGAAGUUGUUGCUGAGGGUGGCCCCAGUGUUACUUUAGAGUGUACUGCAGUUGGUGAACCAAUGCCAAAUGUCACCUGGACCAGAGUAUAUGAUAAUGAAAGUGACAGUGGUGUACUGGCAACUGGGAAUCAGUUUGUCCUUGAAAGCUACAGAAAUAACAGUGGAACAUAUCGCUGUACCGCCUAUAAUGGGAUAGGAACUGCACCAAAUCGUACAUUUAAAGUAGAUGUUAAUUUCAAACCAGAGAAUGUCAAGUUACUGGUGAAUGAUUCAAUCAUCUGUGAGGGUGAGGUAAUCGGUAUCACCUGCUCAGCAGAUGGUAAACCUGCAGUACAUACUUAUCAGCUGUAUGAAAAUGGAAAACCAAUUGUUGACGGAAACAGUUCAGCUGGUGUAUGGAUAAGAAAAGAUUUGAAAGGAGGAGACUUAAGCUACAGUUGUGUUGCUAACAACACUGUUGGUACAACCGAGAAGACUGUCAAUGUCACAGUAAAAGGUAGAGUGUAUGAAUGA